GUGAGAGUCUUCACACGUGCUGGUCUGGUCUUCGGCGGGCAGCAGGGGAAGAUGGCGGACGGAGAAAUUGGAUCAGCUAAGAAGGAGAAGAAGAAGAAGUCAAAGAUUUCCAAUGAUGAAAUUGGGGAGAUCCAAGAAACUGGCGAUUUCCUCAUUAAACCUGAAUCCAAAGUUGCCAAGCUUGACACCUCUCAAUGGCCUUUACUAUUGAAGAACUUCGACAAGCUGAACAUAAGGACGGCACAUUACACACCUCUGCCACACGGCUCAAACCCACUGAAGAGAAACAUUCACGAUUAUGUCCGGUCUGGCUUUAUUAAUCUGGACAAACCAGCUAACCCUUCCUCUCAUGAAGUGGUUGCCUGGAUCAAACGAAUCCUGCGUGUGGAGAAGACCGGCCACAGCGGCACCCUGGACCCGAAGGUCACAGGCUGCCUGAUUGUGUGUGUUGACCGAGCCACACGACUUGUCAAGUCUCAACAGAGCGCUGGCAAAGAGUAUGUGGGAAUAGUACGGCUGCACAAUGCAAUAGAAAAUGAGCAUCAGCUUGCAAGGGCUUUGGAAUGCCUUACUGGAGCUCUCUUCCAGAGGCCUCCUCUCAUAGCUGCAGUGAAGCGACAGCUCCGAGUUAGGACCAUCUAUGAAAGCAAGCUGAUUGAGUAUGACCCGGAGAGACGACUUGGUAUUUUCUGGGUAAGCUGUGAGGCAGGCACCUAUAUCAGAACGCUGUGUGUUCACCUUGGUCUGCUGCUGGGAGUGGGUGGCCAGAUGCAGGAGCUCAGGAGGGUUCGCUCUGGAGUGUUGGGUGAGAAGGACUGCAUGGUGACCAUGCAUGAUGUUUUAGAUGCCCAGUGGCAGUUUGACCACAACAAAGAUGAGACCUACCUGAGGAGAGUCAUCUAUCCUUUGGAGAAGCUGCUCAUUAGUCACAAGAGAAUUGUGAUGAAGGACAGUGCAGUGAAUGCUAUCUGCUAUGGUGCUAAGAUCAUGUUGCCAGGUGUUUUACGGUAUGAAGAUGGCAUUGAGAUGAACCAAGACAUUGUUGUCAUUACAACUAAAGGAGAGGCAAUUUGUACAGCGGUAGCUCUGAUGACAACUGCGGUCAUCUCUACAUGUGACCACGGUGUGGUAGCCAAAAUCAAGAGGGUCAUCAUGGAAAGAGACACUUACCCACGCAAAUGGGGACUGGGGCCAAAGGCCAGUCAGAAGAAAAUGAUGAUCCAGAAAGGCCUACUGGAUAAGCACGGCAAGCCAAAUGGCAGCACCCCAGCAGAGUGGAAGGAGGGCUAUGUAGACUACAGUAAAACCAAGACUCCCGCAGCAGCUGAAGAAUCUCAACCAGGAGCAAAGAGGAAACGGGAUGAGAGUGGAAGCGAGGGUGAAGCUGCUGCUGCUCCUUCAACACCCAAGACAGACGAGGAGCUCAAGAAAGAGAAGAAGAAAAAGAAGAAAGAGAAGAAACUGAAGCUGGCGGCAGAAGCUGCAGAGGCAGCUGAAGCUAUUGAGGAAACGCCAGCUGCAGAGGAGGAAGCUGAGGUCACAGAAAGUGCUAAGAAGAAGAAAAAGAAAAAGAAGUCGAAAGAGGCAGAGGCAGAGGCUGGUUCAGACUGAACACUUACACCCAUCCAAUAGACUAAGACCCCUUGUUGAAAAAGAGGGCCUGGAGACUGUAACUGCGCCAUGAAGAGAACUCAUCAGAGCCGCCCAAAUGGGAAUAUGCCCACUCCUCCUAUCCUUUUUCACCCAAUCAACUCUCUCUGUGGUAGUCAGCCACCUGAUUGACCCAUUUUAAGGAUGUGUGAUGUUUAAACUUACACUCUAUCAACAGGAGUGUCAGACCUGUCUGUAAAGAGCCAGUGUGGGUGCAGGUUUUCAAACUUAACCAGCAACACAACUGAUUCCCGUUGUUUAACCGGUUGUUGGUCAGUAAGAGCUUUUUCUAUGGUGAGGAAGCUUCAGAAGACGAUUGGACCCCAUCCACACUGUAACAGUCAAAUUGAGUAUUUACAAACCCUGUGGCCUAUGUUUCAUGCCUGCAUAAAAGUAAGCCCCACACAGAGUAAAUUAGUUAUAUCCAGGUGAUAAUUUCUAAGUUUUAGUAUGGCAAGCUUUUGUAUAAUUAGAGGGGUGGAUUAAGAAUCUUGCCAACGGUUGUUUUUUUUGUUUUGUUUUGUUUUUUUAUAUAAAUAUAUAUAAAUAUCCUUUUCUCUCCCCGCCCCUUUCUUUUGUUCCAAGGCGCUUUUUUAUUUCUGUUGUAAAAACCCUUGUUUUUGGGGUAUUUGAAUGUGAGGCGUGUGAAAGUGUGACUAUUGUAUUUUGUAUUGUAUAUAAAAGAUGAUCACAUUGUAAUCCUAAUGCAAUGAUGAACAAACAAGAUUUUUUUUCUA